CGGGAAAAUCCCACCUUGCCCAAGGGCACCCUCCCGUCACCUCCAUAUUAAUUACAUGAUUCUUUUUCCAGCUUUCCCUUUCCCCUUCCCCAGCUUACCUACCUUCAGGAGCCCCAGCAGCCAGCCACCUUGAUGAGCUGGUUUGGUUUGCAGAAACCAAGCGCCUCGAAAGAAACCCGCUGAUUUUUGUUUUGCGGCUUUCCUCCGGUGGUUCAUCUUCCCACGUAUCCCCUUUUCCUCUUCUCUAACUUUUUAUUGAUUUACACUUUGAGUUUUGACUCGUCCGGUCCUUAACACAGAGCUCAGAGCCCCUGUUCUUGGAGCUCGACUCUUUCUCUCUCCAUCCGUCGUCUUUCCCGUACACACUCUCUAAGCCGCGUUCGUCAGCGACUUCGGCUAUCCCGUUCCGACAGUCAGUCUCCUCUCUCCAUUCAACAUUCUUCGUCACCCCGUUCGUUCCGUUUGCUGACCUUGCAGGCGAACAGCCAUGGCUGUCGAAAAGCCAAUUGUCGCGUCCGGAGCAGACGUCGGCGAUGGCGUCAGACGCCGUGCCGUGCCACAAGGCCAGUCAGUUCCCCUGACGGCCGCUCCGGAGGUCGAUGACAAGAAGAAGCUUGCCAAGAAGGGCCCCUCCUUCCUCGACCAGUAUGAGGUUAUCAUCGCCCCCAUCAUCUUCACGGCCGUUGCCAUUUUCACGCGACUCUGGAGAAUCGGUCUCAGCAACAUCGUUACCUGGGACGAGGCCCACUUUGGCAAGUUUGGAAGCCACUACAUCAAGCAUGAAUACUACUUCGACGUUCACCCGCCCUUGGGCAAGAUGCUCGUCGGUCUGUCCGGCGUUCUCGCCGGUUACAACGGAUCUUUCGAGUUCAAGUCUGGCGAGAAGUACCCAGAGGACGUCGACUACACUUUCAUGAGAGCCUUCAACGCUCUCUUUGGCAUUCUCUGCAUUCCCAUGGCAUACUUCACCGCCCGCGAGCUGAACCUGCGCCGCCCUGCCGUCUGGCUCGUUACCUUGAUGGUUCUCUGCGAAAAUUCCUAUACCACCAUCAGCCGCUUCAUUCUUCUCGACUCGAUGCUACUCUUCGGAACCGUCGCCACUGUUCUCUGCUGGGCCAAGUUUCACAACCAGCGCCACAACGCCUUUGAGCCCGAAUGGUUCUUCUGGCUUUUCAUGACUGGUCUUAGCAUUGGUUGCGUGUGCAGUGUCAAGCUCGUUGGUCUCUUUGUAACCUCCCUAGUCGGCCUUUACACCAUUGAGGAUCUCUGGAACAAGUUUGGCGACACAAAGAUGCCCGUCACUACUCUGGGUGCCCAUGUCGUCACCCGCGUUGUCGGCCUCAUCGUUGUUCCCUUCCUGGUUUACAUGCUCUCUUUCGCUCUUCAUUUCGCCAUCCUUGACCAAACUGGUCCCGGUGACGCGCAAAUGAGCUCCCUGUUCCAGGCCAACCUCAAGGGCACCGAGGUUGGCAAGAACAGCCCCUUGGAGAUCGCCUACGGCUCGCGCGCCACCAUCAAGAACAUGGGAUAUGGUGGCGGCCUGCUUCAUUCUCACAUCCAAACAUAUCCUGAGGGCUCUACCCAACAGCAGGUCACUUGCUACCACCACAAGGAUGCCAACAACGACUGGUUCUUCUACCCCAACCGCCACGACGAGGACUAUAAUCCUGAGGCCGAGCCCCGCUUCAUUGCUGAUGGUAGUACUAUUCGCCUCAUCCACGCCCAGACCGGACGUAACCUCCACUCCCACGAGAUUGCUGCUCCCAUUACCAAGGCCGACAAGGAGGUCUCUUGCUACGGCAACCUUACCAUUGGUGAUGACAAGGACCACUGGCAGGUCGAAGUUGUUCGCGAUGUUGCCUCUCGUGACCGUAGCCGCAUCCGCACUCUUACUACCGCCUUCCGCUUGAAGCACCCAGUCCUCGGCUGCUAUCUCCGCGCUGGAAACGUCAACCUACCUCAGUGGGGUUUCAAGCAGAUUGAGGUUACCUGUACCAAGAAGAACAACCCCAAGGACUCGUACACGCACUGGAAUGUUGAGGCCCACACCAACGACAAGCUACCCCCCGGCGACCCUGGGUCCUACAAGUCACCCUUCCUCCAUGACUUUAUUCAUCUGAACGUCGCCAUGAUGACAUCCAACAAUGCUCUUGUUCCCGAUCCCGACAAGCAGGACGACUUGGCAUCUCAUUGGUGGCAGUGGCCUAUCCUGAAUGUCGGUCUACGCAUGUGUGGUUGGGAUGACAACAUUGUCAAGUACUUCCUCCUCGGCAACCCUCUUGUCUACUGGGGCUCCACAGCCGGCCUUGGCAUCUUUGCUCUCGUCAUCGUCUGGUACGUUGUCCGCUGGCAGCGUGGCUAUAACGACUUGAACACGAAGGAGGUUGAUCAGAUCCACUACGCGGGACUGUACCCCGUAGCAGGCUGGUUUCUUCACUACCUUCCCUUCGUCGUCAUGGCUCGUGUCACCUAUGUCCACCACUACUACCCCGCUCUCUAUUUCGCCAUCCUUACCUUUGGUUUCUUGGCCGAUUGGUUCCUCCGUAACAAAAACCAGAUCGUUCAAUACACCGUCUACGGUGUUUUGUACGCGGCCAUCAUCGGGCUCUACAUCCUCUUCAGCCCCAUCUGCUUCGGCAUGACGGGCCCCAACAAGCAGUACAGCUACCUGAAGUGGUUCGACAGCUGGAGAAUCUCGGACUAAGUCACAGAACGAAAUCUUAAUACAAUCACUUGUAAUUAACAGGUUGUUCUGGUAAAUCAUGUACUUGGGGAGAGCUGGAGGAUUCAUGACUCAACUUUCCUCACCCAGCUCAUUGUAAGAAUAUGGGCGAUUAAAAGGGGUAACAGCUGGUUUCGAGCUUGGGAUAGGGGAGAGACAGCUGGCGGAUGAUACUUCCGUGCAUAAUACAACGUGCAUUGUUUGCUUGUUUCUGCAACGCGCUCUGAUCUGCCAAUCCCAGAGACUUGAAUCAACUAUGACGAUGAAUUAUGAUUAAAAGUAAUAGUACAAGGUUGAAAGACGAGAAAGAGCUAAAGACUCUUGCCGGUAGCCUUGGGUAUCACUAUCCUUCUCGUAUGUGUGCUUUUUUUUUUUUUUUUUUUUU